AUGAAGUUACCAAAGGUUUUCUUGAUUCUUGUAUUUGUCAUGGCUCUAGUCCUCAGCGUUGCUGCUCUACCAUUAUUCAAAGAAGAGAAAGAACACCGAGAAGAUGAUGAUAUGGAUUAUGAAUUGACCGAACAAUCUGAUGAAACAACUGAAUUUAGUUCUGAAUAUGGAUUCGGUCGCAUUCUUUCUCAAAAGAAAAUAAGAGAAGCUCGUCGUAUGACAUGUAACAAGCUCCCUACGAUUUGCCAUGCCAAGGGAAGUCCAGGGCCCUACUGCUGCAAGAGGAAGUGUGUAAAUGUUUUGACUGAUCGCUUUAAUUGUGGAGCCUGUGGGAAGAAAUGCAAAUACAAUCAGAUAUGCUGCAAUGGCAAAUGUGUAAACCCUUCCUUCAAUAGGAGACACUGUGGGAGUUGCAACAAUAGGUGUAAAAAUGGAGGCUUCUGUGCUUUUGGUCUUUGCAACUACGCAUAG